GAUCGGGGUGUUUGCAUUGUUCCUCAGUCUCAGCUCGGAAAGCAGCUCCACAGAGCGUCUGCUACAAAACCUGUAGUGGAAGAGAACAAUCUCAGAAUUGCUUUUUGAAUAAUAAGAAACCAAAGAAGUCGUUCCCGAUCUCGCCGUGUUAAACGUUUAACCGGCCGUUUCAGCACCUCGAACAGCGCACACAAUGGCUCCUGUAAACGCGGAAGACGGACAUGUCGAGGUCCCAGUGAGUGUGGCUGUAGUCAGUGUUUUUGGUCUUGUCUUCAGUGUUUCUGCCUUUGCCUGGAUUUGCUGCCAGCGCAAGACCAACAAGAGCAACACCAAGACUCCUCCAUACAAAUUUGUCCACAUGCUCAAGGGUGUAGACAUCUAUCCAGAGAGCUUAAAUGGCAAGAAAAAAUUUGCUGGAGAGAAGAUGCCAGACCCAGUGCAAGGAAAGUCAAGCCCAAGUCCCAGCAGCACGCGUCCAGCACUUCACCUCGACCUGGAAAAACGAGACCUGAAUGGUAAUUUCACAUUUGUAGCACCUGUUGCCCAACCCAAAGUGCGAAGCUCCCCAGACUUGGACAUCCCAUCCCCACACCCUGGCUUCAGACAGGGGGGAUACCAGGAGGAGGAAACUUCAGAGAGCAAUGUUUCCAGCCAGACGCCCACACCAGCUCUGGAAAAGGCCCAGGACAAGGAUAGUGGUGUAGGCACACUCUCCUUCUCACUUGAGUACAACUUUGAGAAGAAGGCCUUUAUUGUUCAUAUUAAGGAGGCGCAUGGCUUGUCUGCCACUGAUGAGCAGUCCCUGACCUCUGACCCUUACAUUAAGCUCACUUUGCUCCCUGAGAAGAAGCACAAGGUGAAGACCCGGGUGCUCAGGAAGACUCUAGAUCCAGCUUUUGAUGAGACCUUCAGUUUUUACGGCAUUCCAUAUGCUCGUGUCCCUCAGCUGGCUUUGCACUUCAUGGUGCUAAGUUUCGAUCGGUUUUCUCGUGAUGAGAUCAUUGGAGAAACGCUCGUUCCAUUGGCUGAUGUUGACCUGGCUGAGGGGAGGGUCCUGAUGAGCCGUGACAUCAUCAAGCGGAAUGUAAGGAGGAGUGCAGGAAGAGGAGAGCUGCUACUGUCCCUAUGUUAUCAGUCGACCACCAGCACCCUCACUGUGGUGGUUCUUAAGGCUCGUCAUCUGCCUAAGAUGGACCACAAUUGCCCCUCUGAUCCCUAUGUGAAAGUAAACCUGUACCAGGGCAAGAAACGUGUAUGCAAGAAGAAGACUCAUGUAAAGAAGUGCACCCCAAACCCUGUCUUCAACGAGCUAUUUGUCUUCGACGUGCCUUCAGAGGAGGGCCUGCGUGAUACCAGUGUGGAGCUUCUGCUGCUGGAUUCUGAUAGGACCGCACGCACUCCUGUCAUCGGCCGCCUCCUCCUGGGCACAUCCACCCCAGGCACUGCUGGCGAGCACUGGCGUGAGAUAUGUGAUCAUCCACGGCGGCAGAUUGCAAAGUGGCAUGCGCUGGCCGAAGACUAGGUCAUGACAUGUGAAAAAUGCUCAAGAACUGUCAGAAUACAAAGGAAAUUAAUCGGGACUUCUUGUGUUUAGGGGACUUAUUACGAGCAAUGUCACCUUUUGGCUAUGUAUUUAAGGUGGGGCUUCUUCCAGUGGGGGAGAGUCAAUUGUAUCCAGCCAAUCAAUGAUUCCAAAGACAAUCUGUGACACCCAGUGAUGAUUCUCUUCAUACUUCAUAUAAUUGGUCACCACAUUGUGCAGUUUCAAAUGUCAUGUCUCUAUUGCUGUUCGCUGCGAAAUAUGAAUAUCAGUGUAUGGAAAAAUGUGAAAAAGAUACAUACAGUUACUCUGAAUAUAGAUGUAAAUAUAUGUGGAUGAACCUUAUAUUUUGUAAAGGCCUUUAAUUUGAUCACAUUUCAUUAUCUUUUAACAGAUCUAUUCUCUUUUUUGUACUUCAUUUAUUGAUUUUGGUUUUGGGUACUUUGCCUGUUUUUUGUAAGUUAAAGUGGCCAGUCAUAUUUCAUAUUUCAGCAAUGUGGGGGUAGCCUAAAUUAGGCCCACCUUUAUGAAUGAUGGACUGCAUGAGCUAAAAAAAUGAACUGUUUGUAUGGGAGCCUUCUAUCUAGGUUUGUGUGUGUGUGUGUUCAAUUCUGAUCAGAGAGAGGGCUCUCUUUACAGUGAGCACAAUGGAAGAAUGUAAUGUACAUUUACCUUAAUAUAAAAUGUCAUGCUCAGAGAAAGACA